UCAGUCUCAGCAGAGUCAGCGUUCAGUCUGGUUUUGUGUGGAUAAAGCCAAAGGAACCGAGAGCUAAAUACCGAAAUAUCGAUCGAGAUGAAUCACCUGCAGGGAUCCCUAAUCCUCGUCCUGCUGGCUGGCGUGAUUUUGCAGAGCCAGGCGGGACUCUUCGAUUGCGAGGACAAGAUACCCGGACUGGGCGAUGUGGCCGACAAGAUAUCGGAGAUAUCGGGCAGCAGCACUAGUUCCGAGCACGAGGUCCGCGACUUCUUCAAGAACGUGGGUUGUCACAUCAAGGAGGGCGCCAAGAAGCUGGGCGAGAAGGCCAAGGACCUGGGCACCGAGAUCAAGGAGGGUGCCCAGAAGCUGGGCGCCAAGGCCAAGGUCCUUGGCAGCGAUCUCAAGGACCGCUUCGACGACUUCCGCGACAAGCUGGCCCAGGACUCCGCCGAGGAGAUGAGCAAGGAUCGCGGCUUCCUGGCCAACGUGGAGAUCAUCAAUCCGGACAUCCUCAAGGGCGAGCAGCAGUGCGGCCACGGCCACAUCCUGGAUGCCUUGGGCAACUGCAGCAAGUUGAGGAAGUAGUAGUUCCCAAAACUUCCCAACACCUCUAAUUGCUUAAGUUUUUUUUAUAAUUUUUUUUUUUUUGUGUAAAUAAAAAUGGAAAGUGAAAAUACAA